GGGAGCGCGCUAUGACGCAUUGAGGAACUGCUUCAAGUAAUUUUCACCUUAUCUUACGAGUUACCGCCUGAAAAUAGUAUAAUCUGAGCAUGCGUUGACGCUAACGAGUGAAAAAUACUGCCCAAAUACCGGAGAAACAUUGUUGCAGAAUCGAAUUUCUCUGCCCGCUAGACGAGACAUCCGGAGGCCACUCGAAGUUGGUCUCCUGCCGUGAUCUAGUUCAUAGACAAGAACAGCCGUCAAAAUGGUUUACAUCCUGGGCCUGAACUUCACCGAGAGCAUUCUCGUCAAGAAAGCCUUGCAGAGUUUCUUUGGAAUUGCCGCACUAUCGGAUAUGAAAAUCGAGAACGAUCUGCGGAGACAGGUACUGGAUGAUAUUAAGCGGUUAAGGGAAACGGGAACGACGCGUGGCCGACGUCAUGCGCUGGGACUGCCUGUUCGAGGACAGAGAACGAGGACACAGAUCAAAACUGCGAUCAAGCUCAACCGCGUGGAUCGGAGGCUUUGACUUUCACCUGGGUUUGUUCUUCCACGGCCAAGUCGUUCUGUGCGGGCAUGGCAUGGCGUGGCGUUGUAUGUAUAUGUAUUUUAUUGAAAAAUAUACACGACUCCAAGACCUACUCAUAGUACAUAUGCAGGCAGAAACUAUGAAGAAGACAAAACACCCUCGCCGCGAUUGAUCUGAAUCCGCUUAUCCUCACCAGCGCUCACAAUACCGACUUGCCGGUCCCAGCAGACGCUAAACACCUUGACACCUUCACCACCUACGCGUUUGCUGUUCGCCCUGCCCUCUUCCUCCAAGCUCUUUCGAGAGAUAGAGUAUACGCUAUCACCAACAGCUGCGCCUUUGUCUGUUUUCGUGGCACGCAGAUCCCAGAUUCGGCAUGUUCCGUCGUGGCUACCGCUGAUAAGCCCAUAUGUGCUGUUCGGAUCACGCGCAAGUGUGACAACGGCGUUUGUGUGCCCCCGAAGCGUCAUAGCGGAGAUGGUCGUUGCUGAAGCGCGAGGAUCUAUGAGGGUGAUGUGGCGUGCGGAUGUUCCGGUGGCGAGAAGGUGGUGGUCGGGUAGGUGCUCAAGCGAGAGGAGAGAGUGAGAUAUUGUUCGAGUAUCCACGAGGCUUGCAGUUACGAGAUCCCAUGUUCGUAGUGAAUGAUCCCACGAGGCCGAGUAUCCUACUGUUGAAUCUUUGGCAUCAAAGAUCGCGGCUGAGACCGGUGCUGUGUGUGCGGACAUAAGGGCCAAUGGUCCGCGUUGUGAGACGCUCACGGAUGUGUUUAGCUUUCUCCUCUUUGAUGUCCUCGAGCCAGUUGAGGGGAGCAGGUUCUCGGGCGCAGCCGGGGCGUCGGAUUUCCUGGUCGACCAGAACCCUACGCUGUGAUCUGCCGAGGCGGAGAGGAUGCGAUUUGAGGGUGCGUGUACGGAUAACGAGUUGAUUCCUGAUUUGUGGCCAUAGAGUUCAAGUUGAGGAGCAAUCUUUCCAGAGAAGCCAUCUUCGCUCUCGGAAUACUUCCAUAAACGCACUGUCCGAUCGAGCCCAGCAGAAACAAUUGAAUUUGGAGAGACGAAUUUCGCCGCCUUGAUGGAGGACGUGUGUCCGCCUUCAGUCGGUGAAGGAGAAGUUGCGACAACCUGGGAAGACGUAUUCCAUACACGCAAUAGACCGUCGUAGCUUCCAGAGAGAAUGCGCUCCUGGCCCUGGGGGAUCGACGAGGCAGACGUGCCAGAGAGUACAUCGACCGCGCUCACCCAGUCGUCAUGCUCAUAAGAUGCAAUGUGCAAUGGCGGUAUCAGGGCUCGAACAUAUUCAAUUUCUAGAGUGGUUUCUGCCGAUAUCCCGUUGGCAGUCAAGUAUUCGUCAAUCGAUGUUCGGAGGAAUGCCCCGUUGAUAAGGAACUCGAAUGGAAUCGGCUUGUCAUUUCCGAGGAGGUUGUUGACGAGGGUCGAAAGAGCAUAUCGUCUUAGACCUAUAAAUCUAAAGGUUGGUAAUCCG